AUGCAAGGCCAGUCUGGGUUAGACAGCAUCGUCGCAUCAGAGAGCGGAGAACAUCCGACAAUCAUAGCCGAGAACAAGUCAGAGAUCGAGAAUGAUACACAUUCCUUAUCGGAUGCCUCCAGCAAUACUGCCGAAGAACAUGAGGAUCCAGAAAAUCCUCCACCUCUAGAGCGCCAGUUGACCGAGCUAGGUCCUCCCGUAAAGGUCGCCCGACUCAAGCGCAGAGGGUUGUUCGGUCAGUUGGCAUUGGUGGCAGAAGUUGAAAAUCCGAAGACAUAUCCUCGCAAAACGAAAUGGUUCAUCACAUUUGUCGUCGCGCUUGCUGGAGCCACAGCACCAAUGGGCAGCGCCGUCUUUCUCCCUUCACUAUCACAAGUAACCGAGGACUUGAAUACAACAACCACCAUCACUAAUCUGUCAAUCGCUUUGUAUAUGCUGGCUAUGUCUAUAUUUCCAUUGUGGUGGUCAUCAUUCAGCGAACGACUUGGACGACGGACUGUUUACCUCGCUUCUUUUGCUCUAUUUGUGGUCUUUAACUGCCUUUGCGCUAUCUCAAAUUCCAUCGCCAUGCUGAUUGUAAUGCGCAUGUUGAGUGGUGGCGCUGCUGCUUCUGUCCAGGCGGUUGGUGCUGGCACCAUCGCCGAUAUCUGGGAAUCCAGGGAGCGAGGACGGGCCAUGGGUAUCUUUUAUCUAGGUCCGUUAUGUGGGCCUUUGUUUGCACCCAUUAUCGGUGGACUCCUAGCUCAGCGCUGGGGAUGGCGGAGUACCAUGUGGUUCCUCUCUGCAUUUGGUGCGCUCACUCUUAUAUUUAUCUUGUUCGCCCUUCCUGAGACGUUGAUGGCGCAAAAGCCCGUUUUGGCUGAAUUUGAGGACGACGAAGAUCCAGCUACCAGCCGCCCGUUGAGUCGAGUCUCAUCGCAGCAGGUUGUUCGGUCCACUGCAAGGUGGCUCAAGACAAUGAAGAUAAUCUUCAUUGAUCCGCUCAAAAUCAUUCUCUAUCUCCGGUUCCUCCCCGUCCUUCUCUCUGUCUACUAUGCUAGUAUUGCCUUUGGUUCCCUCUAUGUCCUCAAUAUCAGUGUUGAGCAUACCUUCGCAGAGGCGCCAUACAACUUCUCCACCAUCAUCGUUGGCUUGCUGUACAUUCCAAACUCGCUGGGCUACAUGGUGACCAGUAUCUUUGGAGGUAAAUGGAUGGACAGCAUCAUGCAACGGGAAGCGAAGAAGGCAAAUCGAUAUGACGAGAAAGGCAGACUGAUACUAAGACCAGAAGACCGAAUGCGUGAGAACGCAUGGCUUGGUGCCUUCCUAUACCCAGCAGCUCUCAUCUGGUACGGUUGGGCAGCGGAGAAGGGAGUGUUUUGGCUUGUCCCGAUGAUUGCCAAUUUCUUCUUUGGUAUGGGCUCCAUGCUCAUUUUCAGUAUGGUAACCACCAUGCUCACCGAAUUCAUGCCAAAAAGGUCCUCGGAAGGUGUAGCUCUCAACAACUUCAUGCGAAAUAUCUUCUCCUGCAUCGGCUCCGUCGUCACUGCUCCGAUCAUUGAUGCUAUCGGCAAUGGAUGGCUGUUUACCAUCCUUGGCCUUGUCAGUUUCGCAAGCAGUGCCGUCAUUUUCCUGAUGAGAGUCAACGGCCCUAAGUGGAGAAAGACUAUGGAUGUGCACCUGCAGACUUAG